AUGGCCUCCGCUAUAACAGAGAAGGAAGCUAUGGUGGAUCCUUUUCUAGUCGAAGCUCUCCAGAAUCCACGUCACCGUCUCACCAUAUUGAGGAUGGAGCUAGACAUUCAAAAGUUCUUUCAAAACCCUGACCAGCUCCACUUCGAGUUCCCGCCUUUUCCAACAUCUUACUUACGUCUCGCUGCACACCGAGUCGCUCAGCAUUAUGGGCUAGUAACCAUGGCGUUGGAGAACGGAAACGGUGCUCUAGAUGGGUCUGAUAACAGAAUCUUGGUGACGAAGACAGGGGAGAGUAGGUUUCCUUGUGUAUGUUUAUCUGAGAUUCCUGUUAAGCAGCCUGAGAAUGGUGGAUUAGAGGGGUUCAAGAUUGCGAUCAAGGCUAGACCCAAGAGAGGUUCUGGCUGUGGAGAGAAUGGGUCAGGGGUGAAGCAGAAUAUGCUGAGGAGUGUUGAGGAGAGGAAAGAGGAGUAUGAUAAGGCUAGAGCGAGGAUUUUUAAUAGUCCUAGUAGUUCUGACUCUGAAGAUUCUUUGUCACUACGAGCUCCGAGUCUUGAAGGGAGUAACACUUGUGUAAACCGAAAUGAGGCUGAGGUGGCGGUUACUGAUAGUUCUGUUGAUGCUGGUUCGAGGACUUCUAGAGUAGCUAUUAUCAGAGAUAGAGAGAAAGAUCGAUAUGAUCCGGAUUAUGACAGGAGCUAUGACAGAUAUGUGGUGGAUCCUGCAUACAGGUACGUUAGGGUUAUGCCGUCUGGUCAAAGCUUCAAUCCGAUGCCAAUCCACAUACCGUUUCAUGAUGGGGGUUUCCCGCAGAUGCCAAGAGGUCAGCAAGCUAAUCUACACUACACUCAUCCGGUUAUGAGUCCCUUUAUUAAUCACGCCGCUGCUGGUUAUGCACCGUGGCCAAACUCACCAGCUAUGAACUAUGCGCAGUCAUUGCACGGUCCAGAGACGAAUCUUUUUUGGUUACUCAUACUAAGUUGCUGUUAUGGCCAUUUUGAUUAUGACUCAUUAUCGUUGCUUACUCUUCUUUAA